CGUGCUUAUUGUUCACAUCAUUUGCAAAUAAACUGAAAAAGACACGUCUGUGAAUUGAGGUUUUUAAAAGAAAGAAAUAGAAGGAGUUAAGCAAAAUAAAACUGCUAAAAUGGAAAUAAAAAUGUCUAAAAAGAAGAACGCAGACUUCUAUAAUAUAUGAAGAAGCCGAGCAUACAAUGCGUGAUAUAUCUAUGUAUUUGGAGAUAAACUUGGUAAAAGCGCGACACGCUCACCCUCUGCCCGCAUUUGCACGACAGACGCUCUUUGGAAAUAUCUUCUUGUACAUUUUACAAAACAAAUUGUCCAGAUUUGAGAAAGACAAGGCAUGUUUCCUAAGUUUUUCAGUUGGCAUUUUGAUCAGGAUAGCAACUCAUGGGAUGUAGUAUUUGGAGAAAUAGGGUCAACCUUGGACUGUUGAAGGCACAAUCCAAAGUGUCGGUAUUUUUUACAAUGAUCGUUAUUUUCACUUAUUUAUUUUACUGUCUGACAGGAUACUGCGAGACUCUGCCACGGCCAAUGUAUGAUCACCAUCCCGCGAGCAGCACCAGUAAAAAUCACAAUGGACAGAAUGGCUUUCAGGUGCAAAACAGCAUUUUGGAUGGAGCAGAUUUUGCCAAAGACACGCGGAAUUCACCAGUUGAGACCAACAGAACUUUGCAAAGUUCUGGGACGAGAGCGCUGCCUGGUUCUGACAAAUUGCAUUCUGUCCUGCAACAGAUCGGAGACGUGCAAAGGCAGAUUUCUGAUGGGGACAGGGAACAGUUGCAAGAUGCCAGCAGCAGCAUAUCUGUUUUCAAUAGCUUUGGGAGUAACAAGUUCCCGCAGGCGAUCAUCAUCGGAGUAAAGAAAGGGGGUACCCGCGCGCUGCUGGAGUUUCUUCGGAUUCACCCCGACGUCAGAGCUGUAGGUGCAGAGCCUCAUUUCUUCGACAGGUUCUAUGACAAGGGGCUGGAGUGGUACAGAAACCUGAUGCCGAGGACGCUGGAUGGCCAGAUCACCAUGGAGAAGACUCCCAGCUACUUUGUGACCAAGGAGGCGCCCAAGCGCAUCUUCAACAUGUCUCGGGAAACCAAGAUGAUUGUGGUGGUGCGCAACCCCGUGACAAGGGCCAUCUCGGACUACACCCAGACCCUGUCCAAGAGCCCAGGCCUGCCCAGUUUCCGGACGCUGGCCUUCAAGAACGCCAGCACAGGGCUGAUCGACACUUCCUGGAGUGCUGUGCGUAUUGGCAUCUACGCGAAGCACCUGGAGAACUGGCUGCAGUACUUCCCCCUGUCCCGCUUCCUGUUUGUCAGCGGAGAGAGGCUGGUUUCGCACCCUGCUGACGAGAUGGGGCGCGUCCAGGACUUCCUUGGCCUGAAGCGGGUCAUCACCGACAAACACUUCUACUUCAAUGAGACCAAAGGCUUCCCCUGCCUCAAGAAGCCCGAGGGCAGCAGUCGGCCACGCUGCCUCGGUAAGUCGAAAGGGAGGCCGCACCCACAGAUUGACCCCAAAGUGGUGCAGAGACUGCAGGAGUUCUACAGGCCCUUCAAUCUCAAGUUUUACCAAAUGACUGGACAUGACUUUGGGUGGGAUUGACUUUCCUUUCCAAUGGCACUUUGAUGGACCUUCUUUAUUGUUUUAAGAAUAAAUAAAUAAUCAAGCAUUCAUCUAAUCAAUGGCUAGCACCUACUGUUGAGCAAUGAAGCUUUCCAUGUUCUGUUUAAACUAUCUCUCUUUAUGCAAUGUGAACUUUUAUGUUACCAGUGGCAUCAACAAAAGCUACAGUAUUGUAUAAGACUACCAAGAUUUCCAGGAUUUUGUCUAGUAUUCAUAUUUGGGAAGAUAAUAAAGCAAUGCAUAGCAGGUGGCAGCUAGAACAGAACAUAUUCUUGAUGAGCAAGAUGUUAAGUGUGUUUGGGUACAUCACAAGGGGUGUAAAGGGGAUAAGUAGAGGAACUGAUUUCCACCCAGUGCAAGAAGAAUACAGUCAGGCUGUAUCCCUACAGUGUCCCUCCAUCUCAAAUAGUCCCCUGUCAUAACCAAUCAAUCAUGCACAUAACAUCUGAAAUAAGAUCAGAUAUAUUCACUGUUGAUUUGUCAUUGAUCUAUGGUUCCUGCCGCAUUAUUAUAAUUAUUAUUGUUAUUAUUAUUAGUAGUAUUAUUAUUAUGACUAUUAAU